GGCGGAGUCUGUGUUUCGGUCAGGCUGCGGCAGCAGUGGCAGCGGCUGCUGUAGUUCAGAAGAGCGAGGCCGAGGCCUGGGCCCAGCCCGGAGCCGCUGCCUGACCGGAGCCUCCUGGAGCCCCCGCGCCGGCUGAUCUUAGGGGCGGGCUCGGACUCUGCCUGCCACCGCACAGAGGACCGAGGCUGCAUGCCGGAGGAUCAGGCCCACGCAGCCAUGGGUGUGGAUAGGUGCCUGAGGAGGUCAGAAGAAGGUGUGCACACCCCUGGAGCUACAGUUACAGGAGGAAGCGUCUCCCUACUCCUUACUUGACAUCUGCUUGAGUUUCCUGACCACCAACCUCGAGAAGUUCUGUUCAGCAAGACAAGAUGGAACCCUGUGUCUGCAGGAACCUGGGGUAUUUCCACAGGAGGUGGCUGACCGACUUCUUCAGACCAUAGCACUUCACGGUCUCCUGAAUGAUGGAACUGUGGGAAUUUUCAGAGGUAACCAGAUGCGCCUAAAGCGAGCUUGUAUUCGCAAAGCAAAGAUUUCCGCUGUUGCUUUCCGGAAAGCCUUUUGCCACCACAAGCUAGUAGAACUUGAUGCCACCGGUGUGAAUGCUGACAUCACGAUCACAGACAUCAUAAGUGGCCUUGGCAGUAACAAGUGGAUCCAGCAAAAUCUUCAGUGCUUAGUACUGAACUCAUUAACCCUGUCCCUGGAGGACCCAUAUGAGCGGUGCUUCAGCCGGCUUGCUGGUCUUCGAGCUCUGAGCAUCACGAAUGUGCUCUUUUACAAUGAAGACCUAGCUGAAGUUGCCUCAUUGCCUAGACUGGAGAGCCUGGAUAUUUCCAACACCUCAAUCACAGAUAUCACUGCCCUGCUGGCCUGCAAAGACAGACUCAAGUCUCUCACCAUGCAUCAUUUGAAAUGUUUAAAAAUGACUACUACCCAGAUCUUGGAUGUUGUUCGGGAACUAAAGCAUCUGAAUCAUCUUGACAUCUCAGAUGAUAAACAGUUCACAUCAGACAUAGCCCUUCGAUUAUUAGAGCAAAAGGACAUCUUGCCCAAUCUUGUCUCCCUGGAUGUUUCAGGGAGAAAGCAUGUGACAGAUAAAGCUGUUGAAGCUUUUAUACAGCAGCGGCCUAGCAUGCAGUUUGUAGGUUUGCUGGCCACAGAUGCUGGAUACUCUGAAUUCCUUACAGGCAAAGGACACUUGAAGGUGUCUGGAGAAGCCAAUGAAACCCAAAUUGCAGAAGCGUUAAGGCGGUACAGUGAACGGGCAUUUUUUGUCAGGGAGGCUUUGUUUCAUCUUUUUAGCCUGACUCAUGUGAUGGAAAAAACAAAACCAGACAUUUUAAAGCUUGUGGUUACUGGGAUGAGAAACCAUCCUAUGAAUUUGCCUGUGCAGCUGGCUGCAAGCGCCUGCGUGUUUAACCUAACUAAGCAGGACCUUGCUUUAGGCAUGCCCGUCCGGCUCCUAGCUGAUGUGACCCAUCUGCUGCUCAAGGCCAUGGAGCAUUUCCCUAACCACCAGCAGUUACAGAAGAAUUGCCUCCUCUCACUUUGCAGUGACCGGAUUCUUCAAGAUGUUCCAUUUAACAGGUUUGAAGCGGCCAAGCUUGUCAUGCAGUGGCUUUGCAACCACGAGGAUCAGAACAUGCAGAGAAUGGCAGUGGCUAUCAUUUCCAUCCUGGCUGCCAAGCUGUCUACAGAACAGACUGCACAGCUUGGUGCCGAGCUCUUCAUUGUCAGGCAACUUCUUCAAAUAGUGAAACAGAAAACUAAUCAAAAUUCCGUGGACACUACAUUGAAAUUUACUUUGAGUGCACUUUGGAACCUCACAGAUGAAUCCCCAACGACGUGCAGACACUUCAUUGAAAAUCAAGGGUUGGAACUCUUCAUGAGGGUUCUAGAGUCUUUCCCAACCGAGUCAUCCAUUCAACAAAAAGUUCUAGGACUUUUGAACAACAUAGCUGAAGUACAAGAGCUGCAUUCUGAGCUAAUGUGGAAGGAUUUUAUAGACCACAUCAGCAGUCUCCUCCACAGUGUUGAAGUAGAAGUCAGUUACUUUGCAGCUGGAAUUAUCGCCCACUUAAUCUCGAGAGGUGAACAAGCAUGGACCUUGAGCCGAAGCCAGAGGAAUUCUCUUCUUGAUGAUUUGCAUUCAGCUAUUUUGAAAUGGCCGACUCCAGAGUGUGAGAUGGUAGCAUACAGGUCCUUUAAUCCAUUCUUUCCACUACUUGGCUGUUUUACAACUCCUGGAGUCCAGCUGUGGGCAGUUUGGGCCAUGCAACAUGUCUGCAGCAAGAAUCCGUCAAGAUAUUGCAGCAUGCUGAUUGAAGAGGGAGGACUGCAGCAUUUGUACAACAUCAAAGAACAUGAGCAGACAGAUCCCUAUGUCCAGCAGAUCGCUGUUGCCAUUCUGGACAGUUUAGAGAAACACAUUGUGCGCCAUGGAAGGCCCCCUCCCUGUAAAAAGCAGCCGCAGGCCCGACUGAAUUGAUAGCCAUAGAUAGUUGGGUAACGAACAAACAAUGAGAAGCAUUUUUUGGUUGGUUCAUUUGGAAUAGCGUGCUCUCUGGUGUUUGGGGGCGGGGCGGGGGGGGGGUGUCUGUGGUAAGAGUCCUGUGAUCCAUUUGGAAUCGGUAAUGUACAGUACUGCCCAUGUGAACAGUCUGAUUUCUUUUGUGACUUUUAACUUAUGAAGCAAGAAAGGUCUUCCUUCAAUAUUGUCUCUUAGGAAAUCUUUCAGUGUUUGAACUUAACCUGUGCUUGAAAUCCUACAGUUUCAUGAUAAGUUGCACGCACUCUUACGCAGACCUUCCUUGCAGUGAGCAAGGCCGCUGACUUGACUUCAGCCCCACCUCCCUAUAAUUUUAUAUUGCUUCUGUAAAAAUGCCCCCAUUCUCCGUGUAUCUUUCACAAGAUGCCCUUCUUUGUGUGAGUGGAAGCUGUUGUAUUUCUAGAAUCUUCUUGCUGUCAGGAGCAUGAAUGGUAGUCAAAGGAUUAUAAAAGAAAGACAGACCAUGAAAGAAGGGCAGAGUUGAAAAGGAAUUAGAAAUAGCUUUUGUGGUAUAGCUCUGGAAAUGGAGAAGGUUCUCCUGGUGUUCCUCUGCUAAGGCGGGAGCUGAAGGCUGGAAGCACAGACCAUUGCUGUCCCUUCUUUUCCAAGGUCAUUCUUACUCAAGUGGAGUCAAGACUAUGCUUGGAAUUAAUUUGCUUACUUACAAUGGACAACAGAAAAUUUGUUGCAAAAACUUAAACAUGAUUUGGAGUGUGGCUCAGUGGUAGCAUAUGUUCUUAGAAUGUAUGAAUUCAGUACCCAGCACCACACACAACAAAAAGUUCAAUGUUUCUUCUGUUCAAAUCUGUUUAUUUGUCAGGCAUUUAGUGGCUCAUGCCUGCGAUCUUAACACUCAGGAACCUGAGCAGCAGGAGUGCAGUGAGUUUGAGGGCAGCCUGAGAUAGAAAGUGACAUGGAGUGCAUCUUCAUUAUGUGUUCAUGUUAGAAAAGGAUGUAAGGGAAGAAUGGGUGGCUGCAGGAUGAUUAGAUGUGUAGUCGGCUGGAUAAGAGGAAAUGUUUUUGAUGGAUUAUUUUUUUAGGCAGUUGUCUUUUCUUUAAGAUAAUUGAUACAGGAAGACUAAGUUAUCAUCCUAUGAACCCAGGAGGCAGCAAGUCAGCAACAAACUUAAUUUCCACUAUAAUUUUAGGUUGGGAAUAAUUCAAACCUAUAAUCCAGGAACGGCAAGGGCGAGACAGGAUUCCAGUUGGAGGUAAGCUAGGCCACAGAGCUACAAGCCAACCUGGAAGUCCCUUCCUCACGAAACAAAACAAAGUUUUUAUUUUAAGGGGGUCUUUGUGGCACUUGCCCUUAAUUCAAAACACUAAGGAUCAGGUGUCUUUCAGGGUCAUCAUGGACUAGAUAGCAAGACCCCAUCUCAAAACAAACAAGGACACUCACAUCUUGUUUUGUAAAUAGGUCUAAUCUGAAAUCUCUUCUGAUGACAUUCACAUGUCUAAAAUGUUUUCAGCAGAGUUUUAAAGUAACUCAGGAUUAUUUAAGUUUAAAAAGGAGCUAGCUUAAGAUGUGCAUCUGAGCGUGCACCUGCACCCUAGUUUGAGGAAAACAGAGAUGAGAGGAAUAUGAGUUCUAAGCUAGCCUGGACUACAAGAGUGACCAGUGGCUCACUGAUAGUAUGCAUUAACAUGUCUGAUCCAUGUUUCAUACUACUGUUGCAGUCCUUGGCCUUGAAUGUUUCAGACUUCCUUCAUAGUGAUGAUACUGAAUCAAACUGGAAGAAAACAGACACAUAGAAUUGGUCAAGGGUUUUUGAGAGCUAUAAGGUACAUUUUUACUCAAGAAAGCUAUAAGGUACAUUUUGAACAUGGUUGCUCAAAGUAGUGGUCCACCACUAAAGACAAGAUUGUCCUUUUGAGGCUAGCCUGGGCUACCUAGUGAUGCUUAUCUCAGCAGCCUCUAUCACAGAAGAUGCAGUUUUUAUACUUAAACACAUUUAGAAAAAAAGAAAAUUCUUUCAGAGGUAUAGUUUUUGCUUUUUGUUGACAUUUCCCCCUUAAUUUUAAUGUCUAAGACAAAAUCCUGACAGUACGAUAUAGUCUGCAAUAACUAGCAAGCUUGUGGUGUUGACCUGCCAAGCUUACAUAGCACUCUUGUGAAAUACUUGAGAACUUUGAUAUCAAGUGUCAGGACAAAAGUACAUGUUCUUAUAGGCUGUUACUAAUCUUGCUUUUACAAAGUUUCCGAAAAAUAGAGUCAGGUGUGGUAGUGUACACCUGUAAUCCCAGUAUCAACAGCUACUUAGCAAAUUUAGAACCAGCAUUGGUUAUCUGACAUCCUACCUGGAGAAGCAGAACAAGAAGUGGUCAAAUUCUGAGUAGCCUGACACAUGAAGGUGCAAAACCAAUUUAAUUCAUACUUCCUAGGCCAGCCAAGGCUAGAUUGCAAAACAACUUAGAACAAACAAACCCACAAACUCAAAGUGACCGUAUCCCAAGUAAAACAAGCUGCUAGUGCCUCUGUGUUUUUUAUUUUUGUUUGUUGGGUGGUGGUGUGUAUUAUACAUGUAUGUAUAUAUGUACAUAUUUUUGUAUAUGUAUAUAUACAUACAUUAUGUAUGUACAUACAUAAUGUAUGUAUAUAUACUUUAUUUUUUUUUUUGGUGUUUUGGAUUUGGUUUUUUUCAAGACAGGGUUUCUCUGUAUAACCCUGCCCUGGAACUCACUCUGUAGACCAGGCUGGCCUUGAACUCAGAAAUCCGCUGCCUGCCUCUGCCUCCCAGAGUGCUGGGAUUACAGGUGUGCGCCACCACCUCCCAGCUCAAUAUUUUGGUGUUUGAGAUAAGAGUCUUAACUAUGUGUAGACCCAAGGCUGUAGUCUGUAUUGAUCUCAUUCAAUUGACAUUCCCAAGUAAGUGGUAGGAUUCCAGGCAUGUGCUACCAUGUCUGGCUAUGGGAUGGUUCUUUUUUUGUUUUGUUUUUGUUUUUCAAGACAGGGUUUCUUUGUGAAGCCUUGGCUGCCCCUCUGUAAACUAGGCUGACCUCAAACUCAGAGAUGUGCUCAUCUUUGCUUCCAGAGUACUGGGGUUAAAGGUGUGCACACCCCACUGCCUGGCUCUGGGAUGGUUCUUAAAACUGUCACUAAGAAUUUUCAAUAAAGUCCUGAAUAUAGCUAAAAUGUAGUAAACACAUAUGUGUUUAUAAAUUACAAAUGUCUAGUCAGCUUCUAUGGGCCUCCCAUUUGUACUUGGUGAUACUUCUGAAGCCACUGGCCUAGUGGUGUGCUUUCAGGCAUAGUUUAGACUAACCUGAAUGACCUUGUUGAACUAACUCAUCAGUAUACUCAGACACAAGCCAUUGGGUCAGGAAUACCAAGACUUGUAUCUGCUGAAAGAAAUACAUUCACAAGGACCCAGCUUUAGUCCCCAGCAUCCUUCCAGAGAGGAACAGGAUUAUUAGACUUUGCAAGACUGGAGUUGAAUAAAGCAAAAUAUAGCAAAUCAAAGCAUCUGGGUUUUGUGUACCAAACACAUUUUUGCCAUGGUCUUUGGACUCUGAAGUUGUUUUCCUUCGGGGUGGAGAGUGCAACUCAGCUCAGCACUGGAGUGAGUACCCUGAGUUGAGCCCCUACUGUCAGAAAAAGAGAAGAUAGUUAAUGUUUUCUUUUUGUAUCAGUAAAACCAUAAAUCAAGAAUGGGGGUGGACACAGUGACUAUUGAUCUUACUACUUUGGUGGCUUGAUGGCAUGUUAAUAUGCACUGGCUUGUCUCUGAUGCUCUUUGACCAUAGGUCUCCUUUGGUGCAUGCUGAUGAAAACAUUUAAUGUGCCAAAUCAGGAUCAAUGAAGGAACAGUAAAUUCCACUCAGCUUUGGUUCCGUUUUGUUUUAUAUUUAAGACAGGGUCUUUUGUAGCCCAGGUUGUCUCAGGCUCACUGUGCUUCUGAGGAUGACAUUGUACUGUUUGCCUCCCCAUGCUGUGCUGGGGUUACAGUCAUGGGCCACUGUCCCCAGCUCUCUUUUGCCUUUUUUGAGGUAGAAUCUUGACAUGUAUUCCAUGCUGCCCUCAGACCUCUUGAGUGCUGGGAUUGUGGGAAUGCACCAAACCUGGCUUGCCGUGUUUCAGAAUGCAUCCUCCUCCUCCCCCAAGCUUAGAACAGUAAAUAACCAUAUUCAAAGUUGACAAAGGGAGAAGUAGUAACAGAGAUGAAUCAUUUUGUAAUGGUAACCUGCAGUGUCUUGUCUCCAAGGACACACUUUUAUUAGUUGGUUAUUAUGGGACUCUAAUUGGGUUUUAAACAGUGUUAAUAAGCUAAAGGCAUAGAUUAAAUGCCUACUCUCAGCUGAUGUGGGCUCUUCCAGUUUUAUCUACAUAUUUAUGUAGAGAGAUUUUUUUUGGGUCAGACCUGCUCUGAGACUGCUUCCAGAGAGGUUUGCAAACUGUUUUCCUUCUUAAACCCUAUGUAUGAUUUCAGAUGAUUUUGUUUAACUCGUGGAUAUUGGAUGUUUAGUCCUUGUCAUUGGCUGUGUGUUGACAGUUUUGAUUUUCAGUGUUAACUCAUUAAAGUGUUCAUUUUAGUAAUGAUGCAAACUCCACCAGUGAUAGGAAUAAGAGUAUGGUAGAGAAGUUUGCACUGGGUUUUAGGCUCAUCACGGCUUGUGUUACCUAGAAUUUCAUGGACUUUGCAUGAUGUGGCACGCCAUAGUACAUGCAGUUGCUUAUUUCCCAGAUUUAACCUAAGACACUGAUGACUAAUAGCCUAAGACAGAACUUUCUCCCACCUUUCCUCUGCUCUACUUUUAAAAGAAAAUAAUUAUGCAAAACUGAAUGCAGUUUCUUACUACUGUGCUGACAGGGUGCCUCUUUAGGACACAGCCUAGCUGGCAGUCAGAUCAAUGACAAGUACAAAUAUGCCAGCAGUGUGGUAGCUUAUGCUUGUGACCCUAAUGUGCCAGUGGUGGAUCAGGGAGACCCUGACUUCUGCACCUCCUUGGUCUAUGCCUACAAGGGAGGCUGAAGCAGGAGGAUCAUUUGAGGACUUAAGUAAGUUACAAGUUUAAAAUGAGACUUGGCAACAUAAUACAAUCCAGCCUCAAAAAGAUAAUUGUAGCUGAGUGUGCUGGUGCACUCUUUAAUCCCAGCACUCAGGAGGCAGAGGCAGAAGCAGGCAGACUUCUUGAGUUAGAGGCCAGCCUGGUCUACAGAGUAAGGACAACCUGGGAUGCACAGAGAAGCCCUGUCUUGGGGUUUAGGGGGAAUAUAUAUAAUUUUUAAAAUUUGUCAAAGAUAUUUUGUGGCAAAUCAUAAAUCUAUUUCAUUAAUGGUAAAGACUUGAUUUUGGGCUUACUUUAUGGAAAAAAAUUGAGUUUUUUAAAGGUUUUUUUGUUCAUUAUUGAGUCAGAGUAAGACUCAAAUGUAUGAGUCAAAUGUGUGUAGCUCUUGCUGUCUUGGAACUUGCUAUGUAGACCAGGUCUGCCUCUACCUCCCGAAUGCUGGGAUCAAAGGCAUGUGCCAACACACCAGGCUCUUUUAACCUUAUUUUAAUCAACUUUGGAGCAAGAUACUCUUUAAUUAAUGAAAAGUCUAAGACACUUUCAUGAAGGGAAGUCUUUCACAGCAUUUUUCCUCUAAAAAUCAACGUGAAAAUUUGAAUUCUCAGAUAGUAGGCAGAAACGUUUUUUAAGUCACUGACUUGUGGGUCAGCGAGAUGGCUCAGUAGGUAAAGGUGCUUCCUGCCAAGCCUGAGUUCAGUUUGCUACGGUAGGAGUGGUCCUCAUGGUGGACGGAGAGGACUGAGUCUCACAAGUUGUCUCUGGUCUCCGUGUGUGUAUGGUGUACACUCAUGCUCCACAGUAAUAGAGAAGUAAAUAUAACAAAUGUAACCAACAUUACCUUCUCCAGCAGAGGCAGAGCAGGAUUGUGAGUUGGGAGGCCAGCCUGAGCUACUGGAUGAGGUCCAGGCCAUCUUGGGCUACAUAAAACCCUGUCUGAAAAAUCCAAAACAGUAACUAAAUUAAUGACAAAAUCUCUGAUGUUUAGGAUUCCUCUGUCAAAGUAUGGACAUGUGAGAAGCAUGCAUGUGAGAAGCUGUCUUUUGCUUGAAUUCUGAUGGGAUUUAACUUUCCAAGAAAUGCAAAACCCAUUAGAAAGUUGAAUGUGUGUGCAUUUCAGAUACAAUUCUGGAUUGUCUGGGCUGAAGGAGUUGUAGUUACGGCCUGGUGCACAGGAGCAUUCUGCCCGUAAAUCAUGCUGUGUAUUCAGAUUGAACUCACUGAAGUAUUAAUGUUGUAUGUACAGAGUGAGAUUUUUUUUUGCCUAAAUAAAUGUUACAAAUUUUA